AUUAAUGAAUGUCGAAGUGUAGCCGAGAAUGAUUGUGAUCCGAAUGCACGUUGCCUGGAUCGUGAACCAGCUAUUCACGGAAUCAGAUAUCAGUGUGUUUGUAAAGCAGGCUAUAAAGGAACCGGUACAAAAGGUGGAUGCGCAGAUGUUGAUGAGUGUUUGGAAGUGUUCAACGCAUGUCCACUACCGCAUCAAAAAUGCGUUAAUACUAUCGGAAGUUAUCAAUGCGGUUGCGAGAAAGGCUUCAUUAAGCCACCAGGUAUGGAUGCGUGUGUUAACAGGAACGAAUGUGCUGAUGGAAGCGCACAGUGUCCGUUGAUGAGUCAAUGUGUUGAUCGUGUUCCCGGAUAUGCGUGCGAAUGUCUUCCUGGAUUCCGUAAGGUUACAAUCAAUGGAACGUUCAUUUGCGAUAGUACGUUUUAG